CUCACUCUCUCUCUCAUAAAAACCAAAACGCCGCAAAUUGCACCAGCUUUUUUGGUUGUCCUCCGCCUCUUUCCGCACCACCAUGAUCUUCAAGAAUCUUCUCUCGCUGGCCUCGGCCGCUUUCUUGGCCGCCACCGCCACCGCAAGCUCCCACGACGCCCUUCCCGUCCAGACCUUUGACUCUUCGGAACAGCUCAGCCGUGAUCUGCAAAUUGACGAGGCCUCCUUUGCCAUUACGUUUACCGCGGUCAGCACCGCCGCUAGCACGCUCACGAUGACGUACGCCAACGGUGGAGGUGACGCACAAAAUCCCAUCGGCGGUCGUUUCGAUAUCUUCACUGCCGGGUCAUCGGGGCGCAUUCCCCGUAGUGGAGCCGGUAGUGAAGUGUUGGCCGAUCCGAAACUUUCCUGUUUCAGCAGAGGAGGGUCCAAUUUCAACUAUGCUGCUUUGACAUCCGGUAUUACCGCCGACACGAGCAAUAUCUUGUCCCCUACAUCCACCUUUGCUAUCUCCUUUGACGAAAACGUCACCGCUACCCAGCCUUAUUACUCUGAUACUGGGGCUCCUACCGAUUUGAUAGUCAAGUACUUUUUUUGCGUCAAGUUUACCCUGACCAAGGAAGUUGGAAGCCCUGCAGUCGCAACGGACAUUAACUACCGCGAAACUGCGUAUGAAGUGACUCUCACACUCAACGGUACCAUUGCUAACGCGACCGCUUUCACCGUGGACACCUUGGACCCAGGUACUGACACCGACGAGUAUUGAUUCGAUCGACGAGCUUACCUUCACGGCCACCGUUCCCGACCCCGACGUUGUUCAGGCGAUCAUUACGGGCGGCAGCGCCGCUGAUGGAGCCACCGGUUUGUACGGCAUUGCCACCGCAGAUGCCGAGUGCCCGGCCAACGAGUGCAUUCAUGUGGACGUGAUUGUGUACGCCAUUUUCGCGAAUGAAGCCACGACCAACUUGAUUGUGGAAAUCAGCGGCGACGCGGUCAUGUCUGUGGGACGUACUGCCCGCAAGUUGCGUGCGAAAGUCCAGCCCACACGCGAGUUGCAGGAGACGCUCCAGAUGCAAGCCUUUCGUAACGAGAUUGUCCUCCCCCCUUUGCCUGGUUCGGGGGCCACGUUGGCCAACGUGUGCGCGGCGGCGGUGCCCUUCGCCGUGGCCGUGGUGGCCGGUGCGCUCGCUCUUUAAAAAGUGAGAGUUUGUGUGUGUGAAA